AUGGAUCAUCCAGAGCCAAUUUCUAAACGUCCUAUAGAAAUCCCACAAUGUCGUAAAGGUUUCACUUUAGAAGAAGCAAAGAACUUUAUCGAUCAAAUUAUGGAAGUAUUCCGUAGUUUGGAUGAUAUGACAGAUCUACGCUCAAUGUAUGAAACUGGUAAACAACUAAGUCGAUCAUAUUUUGAUUGUCACACGUAUCGUUUGGAAUUAGCUCAAUAUUUAACUAAUUGUGAUUAUCCUGCAUUUGCAUCGAAAAUGAUGAAAAAAUUAAAUAAUAUGGGUGUGUUCAAGAAUGAUGAUAUUUGGUUCUCUUCUUUUUAUUUCUACAAUACAACAUGGAAUUUUUCUGAUAUUUGGCCGGAAUUCGCCACUGCUUUAGCGAUUGCCGGUCUACCAAAUCUACUUAAUUUAAAUAUUGGACAUCAACCAUAUUUAGAGAAUUUAAGUAGUAAAAAUGUAUAUUAUUUAAUUAAAGCUAGUUUAUCUAUCAUACAUAAUAUAGCUCGUGUUCCAGGUAAUACACAUUAUUUUGCAUCUGAAUCAGUUCGGCAAGCAUUACUAAAUUUAGCUCAACGUGAAGAAGAAUUUCUACGCUGUGUUUCCACCCUUUGUUUAGCUCACAUUGUAACUGAAUCAGAAAUUCAUUUAAUUACUGACGUAUCAAAUGGUGGUAUUGAUUUGUUAAGAAUUCUAUUUGGCUAUGUCACAUCAGCUCGUGUUUCUGAGAAACGAAGGUGUCAUGGAUUUCAAGUGCUUGAAUUAUUAUCUGCUGUUGCUGCUUUGUCUGUUCUUGAUCCUGUUAAGGCGAAUUUACUAUCAUCACCUGUUAAUGUGAAUUUGAUUGCUGGUACAAAUAAUAAUCAAAGCACAGAACAUAGUAUGACAUGUCUAAGUUUACUGAAAGAAUUAAUUGAAACUGCAUUACUUCCUAAUUCUAGUCCUGUUUCUGUUAGAGAAGCAGAAGAAGCAGUUCGUAUCUUAUGGAAUACAGUUUUUGAUCCAUCCAUUUACACAGGAGUUUUACAGAUGCAAUUAACAAGUUGGUUAAGUGAUACUAUGGCAAAUCAUGCAGUUGCUUUACAAUCUUAUAAAUCUCUUUCACGUGCAAUUGAAUCCAUUAAUUGGCAAUUGAAUACUUGUAUUUCGAAAAAUUCUAAAAAUGAACCUACAGAGUGUGGUCCUGUAUUAUUAUGUUUCUCACCGUCUAAUCGUAUUGCUGUUAACCGAGUGGCUGAUCGUCUAAGAGAUGCUGGAAUAGUGCUUAAUAAUAUUCCUUUUGGUCCCGAAGUAAUACCAUCAGUAGAUGCUUCAGCAACUGGCCUUACUAUGUGUGCGGCUAAUGCUACAAAUCAUGCUCAGUGGGUUGAAUGUGUUGAACAAGCCUCAGUUGUGAUCGCAUUUUUAAGUGAUUCAUUUCGCUUAAGUCCUGGUUGUCGAUGGGAAGUGGAACAUUUUUCUAGUUUUGAUACAAGCGUAUACUCAAAACCUAUUAUUCCUGUUAUCCUACAACCAAAAUUUAAGUUGACUGGUUGGCUGAAUCGUCUUAUUUCUCAACAUCCUAUUGAUUUCAAUGGCAAACGUGAUCCUGAGGUAAGCUAUGAUGCUUUAAUUAGUCAGGUAAAAGAAUUUUAUGGAGAAGCAAAGAAGCGUGCGGAGACUGCUGCCUUAGUUGCAGCACAACACCAAUUAUCAAUUGAUGCCAAAAAACACUUAACUUCAGGUGAUACUGGAUUCCCUGUUAUGCCUAGUUCAGAUGUAACCUUAAAUCAUGUCAAUGCAAGCCCCGUAGUUAGUAGUCGGGGUUCACUAGGUCCGUCUCCAGGCCUUAGACGUGAAGAUCCAAUUCACCUAAGUAAUCAAAUAGGAUUACCGAAAAUUCGCAAUCAAAAUGCGAUUCCUAUUCAAUCAAAUAUCACAUCCCGACCUUUGGCGACUAAUGCCUGGCGUCACGCUAUUCGUCCUUCAGUUCGUAAUUGGUCAACCUGCAAGGUUGCUUCAUGGUUGAAAUUUCGCGGAUUGGGCCAUGUACCUUCUCAAAUAGCUGGUGGCAUAGAUGGUGUUUUAUUGUCCCAGUUGGCUGGUUUACGCAUUUGGGCUCCCGAGUACUUUACUCACUGUUUACGAUCUGAACUAGGUCUUGGUUUUGCCGAUUCCCUACGCUUCUUAGAGGCGUUAGACGAGCUUGCUCCGGAGGAUGGUGAUGUUCAGGAUGUUGAAGAUGAUGAUGAUUUUGUAGAUGGACGUCCUCAUUUGGGAAAUUAUGAUGGGGCAUCAUCUAGAGCAUAG